AUGGAUAUCUCGUUCGCUCUCACUGGGAAAGGCUAUGUUAUCGUUGCAGCAGACACGACCGCAGCGCGUUCCAUCGUCAAAAUGAAGGUGGAUGAGGAUAAGAUCAAGGUUCUGAGCCCGCAUCUUCUAAUGGCUUUCUCUGGCGAGCCAGGCGAUACGGUGCAGUUUGCCGAGUAUAUUGAGCGCAACAUCCGCUUGUACCAGAUCCGCAACACAUACGCCCUCCGCCCGCCCUCCGCCGCGUCAUGGAUCCGCCGCGCCCUCGCAGAUUCGCUCCGCUCGCGCCGCCCAUACUCGGUCAAUCUUCUCGUCGGUGGGUACGAUACCAGCACGCACACACCCCAUCUGUACUGGGUGGACUACCUCGGCACGAUGUCCGAGGUGCCGUUCGCGGCGCACGGGUACGGCGCGUACUUUGCGCUCAGUUUGCUUGACCGAUACCACGAUCCGGAAGCGUCGCUUGAGGAGGGCCUCGCGACUCUGCGGAGGUGCUUGGACGAGGUCGCAAAGCGCCUGGUCGUUACUCCCGAGAAGUACAAGGUUAAGGUUGUCGACAAGGACGGUGUGCGGGAGGUUGAGAUCUGA